AUGACACAUCGUCCACUCCACAAAGAUGAAGUCUCUCGUGUCACUUCCUCCAAGGAUCUCACACAAGACAAGUCAUCCACAUCGUGUGCUCCGAAAGAAAAAUCUUCAAGUCAAUCUCUCUCAACAUCUGAUCAUGAUGUAGCACAAACAGACUCAAGAAAACCCACAAACACCAUUCGAAACAUCAUCCCUUCUGUUGACAAGUCCACUGGUUUUCUGAUCGUCGGUGUUUUGACUUUUCUUGUGUUGUGUUUUACAUUCCUCACAAUAGGAUCCAUGGAUUAUUUGUAUUGGCGACCAGAAAAGAUGGACCUCUCAAAGAAAGCAACCAUUCUCUUGAAGGUUCCACAUGAUCAUUUGUUUUACACUUCAUUGACUGCUUUCAAACCAUUGUUGGCUCAACUAGUUCCUGCGUUUCAUUCACACUUGUUGCAAAAUCAAAAAUUUGUGGAAUCUUUGAAGAAGAAUGAAAAUGAGACGCAACUCUUUCAAGACAUGAUCGACUCGACCAUUUAUGGAGGUCCUGAAGUGCCAUGUACCGAUAUGAAUGUUGCUUUGAAAGUCUUGUUCAUGUUGAAUCGAGCAGAAGGAGAUUUCAUUGCACUCAAAACCAAGUGUUUGAAUUUUGUCAAGGAUCAAAUUCGAUUUGAAAACAUUUUAGAUGUUUUAGAUCUUCUCAAUGUUCUCAUUCAAAGAGAUGAAGAAAUUCAUUCAAAGAAUUCUACUUCUCUCAACAGAGUGACCAUUCUCCACAAUCUUAAGGAAUAUUGUUUGGAUUUUCUUGGAACCAACUCCAAUCAACGUGGUUAUGAAACAUUUGUUGAAAACGACAUACGAAUGAUUCAAUAUUUCAAACCAGCUUUCAAAAGAAAACAAAUUCGAAUGUUGAAAAUUGAUGAAACUCAAAAUUAUGUAGUUUCACAUCCAUCCUUUGCCAUGUUCAAGUCUGGAUACGGAAGUGACUUGCAAUUUCGUCUUUCCAAUGGAAAGAUUAUUCCUGCUCACAAGACCAUAUUACUGAAUUCCAAUAGUACAGUUUUACAUCGUUUAGUGUUGGAAAAUGCUCAUUCUAAGGAAAUUAAAGAAGAUGAAGAAAUGGAAUACCUACUUCAGUAUUGUUAUGGAUUUUUGAGAAAGGUCCCAUCUCGAAUGUUGAUUCCAACCAUCAAGAAAGCUUAUCAAUACGGAAUGAAAGAGUUGAUUCACAUCUUGCAAAAGGAACUUGUUAUCACUGUUCACAACUUCUUUGAAUAUUCACAUGCAUUAAGUCAAGUCAUGGAAGAACCAGCAUUGAGAAGACAAUUUGCAGAAUUUGGAGUCCAACAUGGUGCAUCACUGUUCCCAUUGGAAAACAAUUAUAAGCAUCUUCACACGCUUCGAUCCGAAUUGAAGGAUGAAAUUAUCAUAACCUUUGCAAGUCGUCCACAAUAA